AAAAUAAAGUUCUGAUAAAGACCAGGAAAGAAAAAUAUCGCUAUUUUGUAAGUAUGUUGGUUAUGUCUUCGUAAAUUAUCACUAGAUAAGACAGUUAGGAAGAGCAGAUCUUAAUAACAGAUUAUUUUUGAACAUGCAGCAACAAACAAAUGUCUGAGUGAAGGGUAGUAAUCUGUCUGUUGGGACGUCAACAUAUCGCUAUUUUGUAAGUAUGUUGGUUAUGUUUUUGUAAAUUAUCAGUAGAUAAGACAGUUAGGAAGAGCAGAUCUUAAUAACAGAUAAUUUUUUGAACAUGCAGCAACAAACAAAUGUCUGAGUGAAGGGUAAUAAUCUGUCUGUUGUAACGUCAAGUAAUAUUUGGCAAUUUAGUUUGAAAUUCAUGUCUCCAGUUCGUGUGUAUGUAAACCAAAAUUUGGAGCUUUAUGAGUGGGUCCAAUGAAACUGGUGCAACUGUGGUGUGACAAAUCUUCUCAAAAAUUCUUGUCUCUUUCGAUUAAUCAUUUACACUGAUCCAGUAACACCCAGCAGUGUUUUAAAAAUUAAGGUGGCUGACAACUAUUUUGUAUAUAGUUUUGUUACUUUUCAAAACUGUUGAAAUUGAGCAUGCUGAUUACAAGUCGAUCACUCAAUGCGCGGCAAUAUGGAGAUCACAGAAAUUGUUUUGGAGCCAGUAUCAACCUCUGGCUUAAAGGUGGCAUUGUUGUUAUGGCAACCAGUCCGGUCAAGUGGUUAGUAUGAGUUUUAGCAUCUACUCGUAAAAAGAUGGUUAAAAGUGUUGCAAAAUAUGAUCACUCUUGUGUGCCAAUCACGAUAAACAUUUCAUUACCUACGUACAUGAAUUAAGUUUAAAAAAAUCCACUUGCAUAGUAAGGAAUGGUUUCGUAGUGUAGUGGUUAUCACGUCUGCUUUACACGCAGAAGGUCGCCAGUUCAAUUCUGGCCGAAACCAUGCUUUUUUUAAAACCAAUACUCUUUGUUAUCUUUUGUUCCAUGUUUAAUCUUGAAGAGAGAAAUUCUCAUUUCCUGACUCAGCUGGAAAUUAGCAAAAUCAGCACGCGACGUGCGUCCCAUUUUAUUGCAUUCGUUAAGUACAGUGGAAACUCCACCAACGGCCACCUCUCUACAACGACCAUUUUUUUGGUGGACAGUCCAUACAUUCACUAUUGUUUCAACCUCUCUAAAACGGCCACCUCUCUACAAUGGCCACUUUCUUUGCUUCUACACAUUAAUAAAUAGUUUUAUGCCAGCUUUAACCAUAGGAAUCGUUCGGUACUGUUUUUAUCUGACUAUUUUCUAUUCUGAGAAAUUCUCAACUUGAGUCUGACGUUUGCCGUUUGCGGUAAAUGUGAAUCUUAAUCUCUCUAUUUUUUAAGUGAACACUCUCUCUUAGGGCGCUUUCCAAAAGUCAGAACUGAUCGGCUGGACCAUAGUCGGACCAGUCAUUUUGACAAUGAAGAAUGCUUUUUUCCAAGAGUUUUUGUUGAAACACCAUCCCCUUCGUGCAUGCUAUUUAGGAUUUGACUGAUCUGACUGGAUAGUUUUGAUAAAAAGUGAAAUUCUCAUUAUGACUGGAAUGGUCUGGCCGGUUAGUUCUGACAAAUGGAAAGCGCCAUUAGAUUACAAUUUGUCACUAUAGAAACGAAAAGGAGUCUGGGGCGAGUUAACUUUCGCAAAGGGGCAUGGGAAAAAAUUGGCCAAUAGCUGACCGGCACGUCCCAAGUAACGAUCCCAGAAUUAAUUGCGGGACGCAUUUCGGCUCCAGUUCCCCUCUUUUAAAAUUGUUUACAAAGUAGCUAAUUAGAGAACCCUUACAAGGGGCGGACAGAAGGAGUAACCUGGCUUGAUAUUUGCUCGGUAAUCUAUUUUUAAUCAUGGUUUACUGCUGAUCCGUUUGAAGUUGGCGUGAUCCUAGUUAUUAUUUUGCGUUCUUGUGUAUUCUCUUGAAAAGUUUUAACACGAUUUUAUCCUCUAAUUUAUAUCAUAAGAGCCGAUUUUAAAUCGAAAAAUCCCGAAGCUUCCAUGCUAUUAAUAGUCACCUUCGAAUAAUUAGUUCGAAGAAAGCUUUAGAGAAUAUAAACGUUGCAGCAGAUAACUUUCGAAAAUUUUCGGUAUUCACUGCGCCCUGUGCGCGCCGGUCGGCUUGUGGUUUCUCUAAUUUCUUUUUCCUUUUUUUUUGUCAGCAAAAACGAUUAGUUACAUGAGAAAUCAGGCAAUAAACUUGGUACGAUUAGCGGAAAGAGCGUAUAAGAUCUUUUUAUGCGUCAUCAAAGAAUUUUGAAUUAUAUUACCUUUUUUUAAAAGGAAAAAGAGAAGUCUCUCAAACGAAUAAGGGAAAACCUUUCCGUUUUUUCUUUUUCUUACGUUGAACAUCCGUUCCCAGAUAAUAAAAAUGCAAAGAUACAGAUGGUAAUACUAAAAUGGUUUAUGUGUUAAAUACAUCUACUUAUGACAGCGGAAAGUUAGUCGCAUAUAUUAAAAAGGGGGAACUUUAAAUGUUUUUAAUUCGAACUCUUCACAUGUAUCAAUUGGCUUAGUUUCUAAUUUAUAUUCGAAGGAAAAUUAACUAUACCGACACAGAAAAUAUUAUGGUGUUAAAUAAUCGAUCGGACCAAUAAAAUGUGGGCUAACUGGUUUAACAAUAUAACAGCUAGUGAAAAAACGGAAGGCACAUAACGCAGGUGGUCUUACUGUUAAUCUCAUGNACUUUCGAAAAUUUUCGGUAUUCACUGCGCCCUGUGCGCGCCGGUCGGCUUGUGGUUUCUCUAAUUUCUUUUUCCUUUUUUUUUGUCAGCAAAAACGAUUAGUUACAUGAGAAAUCAGGCAAUAAACUUGGUACGAUUAGCGGAAAGAGCGUAUAAGAUCUUUUUAUGCGUCAUCAAAGAAUUUUGAAUUAUAUUACCUUUUUUUAAAAGGAAAAAGAGAAGUCUCUCAAACGAAUAAGGGAAAACCUUUCCGUUUUUUCUUUUUCUUACGUUGAACAUCCGUUCCCAGAUAAUAAAAAUGCAAAGAUACAGAUGGUAAUACUAAAAUGGUUUAUGUGUUAAAUACAUCUACUUAUGACAGCGGAAAGUUAGUCGCAUAUAUUAAAAAGGGGGAACUUUAAAUGUUUUUAAUUCGAACUCUUCACAUGUAUCAAUUGGCUUAGUUUCUAAUUUAUAUUCGAAGGAAAAUUAACUAUACCGACACAGAAAAUAUUAUGGUGUUAAAUAAUCGAUCGGACCAAUAAAAUGUGGGCUAACUGGUUUAACAAUAUAACAGCUAGUGAAAAAACGGAAGGCACAUAACGCAGGUGGUCUUACUGUUAAUCUCAUGGCGCAAUUUUGAAUUUCUAAUGAGCUUCAUGGGUUGCUACCUAAUGUAUUUUUCACAGACCGCAAAUCCUCUGGAAAUUAAACUCGGCAUAGACCUCAAGCAGCCAGCAACAUCUGAAAGACAAAGGCAAUUUUCGAACGGUUUUGUCAUUUGGAUGAAAGUGUUUGGUUUAGUAUUGUUUCUUCAAAUCAGUUUUACCGAGGUCAAAUAUUUCCUGGGACAACUGGCAAGUACUGUUGAGAAUAUACUAGCAGGGACUGUUGCGUUUUAAGUUUCAGCAUCCAAUGGCCGUGAGCAUGGUUAAAGAAGAAGCGAAGCCAACGGUCUUUUGCUCGCGGAAUGAGAACCACAGACGUCGACAAAGACAACGAGUGACUUUUAAAAGCAAAUGCAGAGAUGGUUUCGUCACGAUAAAUGUGAGCGGUCGAAGAUUUCAAGUGGAAAACGACAUCUUCGAGAAAUACCCAGGUAAUCUUUAAAAUAUCCAUACCGUAUUUGUGAAAUCGAACCAGCCAUUUUUGUCCAUAAUGUUGGACGGUCUUCGUCAAGAACCACAUUUUCUUUUCUCUAAUUUUUUUUAUAACUUAGUUCUAUAUUUUAGUACUUGAAGUUUAAUUUUAUCAGCAAGGUUAAAGUUGACUGCUAAGAAGUUUAUCUCUGCAAAAUCUUCUUAGUAUUGCAGUAAUUAUAACAUAUACCAUUUUUAAUUUAUUAUCGUAAGCGCCCGACUGUAAACGGGAUAAAGUAAGAAGCUCUAGAGCUUAGCCUUUGUAGGAGCUUAAAAUUUACUGCAAAAGUCGACUAAAUCCAAGAUUAAAACAGAAAAAAAAAUUACAUGGUUCAGGAUCUAAGGUUUGCCGGACAAGUACUUUAAAAAUAAAAUGUAAAUAAAUGUUUUAUAUGAAACUAUGCUAUGCGUUACUUUUAGUCCCUACGCAUGCAUACGUCAAUAUGGGAGGUAACCGUUUAAAACACCGAGGGUUAUUCGAAAUAAUGUUCAGAUGAAUAAUGACAGAACCGUUCGUUUAUUUUGAUAUUUAUGUUAAAAAAGGGUAUUUUGACAAUAGAAAAUUUAUAAAUAUUAACAACAAUAAAUCAUUUAGGGACCGCCGCUGUGUUUGGCUGACACUCAGUAGCAAAGUUAAUUACUUCGUACUCUCUUUUUGGAAGGAGAUUUUCCAUGGCCGAUUGGCUGUUUUUAAUUUUUUUCGCUAUUGAAAUGAUAUUACACCGUACGGAGGUACAAGAAAAACAAACCAAAUGGUGACCAAAUGGGAUCCUGUUUCAAGAAUGAAAACAAAAAUACUUCUCGAAAAUGCCAAGUUGAAGGCCAUGUAUACCGUAUAGUAAAUUUCGGACAGAGCUUUUAUUUUGGUUUUAUUAACAGAAAAGAGAGAGAGAUAACGAGGGGAAUCGGAUAAAAUUUGCUAUUAUAGCUUUCCUUUUAUGGAGGAAAAGCUCAAGAAUUACAAGUCAAAGUUUCCAGCUUGAAAAACUUCAACUUAAAGACAUUCUGAUGGUCGUUGAUUUUUGUGUGUGUGUCGAGAUAGAAGCAUUCGGGCCGAACAUUUUCGAGUCACGGAACCAAAAAUGACUUAGUAAACCAGCUCAACAAUACAGUGAUGAACGCUAAAAAAUGAGGUCGAGAUAAAAUAAUUUUUUACCUUACAGUAUAAUAGCUUUUUGAAACUGAAAUUGUUCGUAAUCUCGAAAUCCGGGUCUCGAACUUUAGGAUCUGCCUGGAUUGUCGACUCCGUAACCCUGGAUCCUGGUUUUAGCCAAACAGUGUUGACUUUUUUGCUUUCUUUCAGAUACAUUGCUGGGAAGCAGAAGACGAGAUUCCUUCUUCGAUGAUAAAAGGAAUGAAUAUUUCUUUGAUCGCGACCCCGAACUUUUCACCUACAUAAUUCAAUUUUAUCGUAAGGGAACUCUGCACUGCCCUGAAGAUGAAUGCGCGUGCAGUUUCAAAGGUGAGCUGGACUUUUUCGGCAUUGUAAAUAAUCACUUGGGAGAUUGCUGCUAUGAGAUUUUCCAAGAAAAACACGACGAUUUUCUGGACUAUCAAAAGCGCCACGCGAAAGCCGAGGACACAGAUUUCGUCCCUAGGACAGUCAGGCAAAAGAUGUGGAAGCUGUUCGAAGAUCCGGAACAAAAUGUCUUGGGAUUGUUAAUACACUAUACUUCUGCGGUAUUGAUAUUAGUAAGUGUGGUAGCCUCAACUGUCGAGACAUUAAAAUGCGGACAGCAAACAUGUGGAGACAAAUAUUCAGAGCAAUUCUACAUUGUGGAGUCAACUUGUGUCAUAGUUUUUACUGUGGAAUACCUAGCGAGAUUAUAUGCUGCGCCAAACCGAUUCCAAUUCAUGAAACAGUUCUUAAGCAUCAUCGAUGUCAUCGCUAUAAUCCCGUUUUACGUUGCGCUGAUUUUUCCAGACGCCGCUGGUGGCCCUUUCACGGUACUUCGCGUUUUUAGAAUUUUCCGAAUCGUUAAAAUGUCGCGGCAUAAUACCAAGGUUCGGGAGGCCGGAUCUUCUCUUCUAGCUAGUCUAUCCGAACUAAGCUUCGUGUUUGUGGUGCUAACGACUCUUGUCAUAUUGUUUUCAACUAUUAUAUACUACGCUGAGAUGGGGGAUGAAGAUACCAAGUUCGUCAGUAUCCCAGCAACGUUUUGGUACGUCAUUGUCACCAUGACAACCCUAGGGUGAGUAGCAACCUUACGUGAGGCCGAUAAUUCCUUUUGUAAAAGCAUCUGUUCUCCAAAACGGAGAAAGGAGUGCUAUUGAAAGUCCACGAGAACAUACAACAAAGGGGUCAGACGGGCUUCAUAACCAUUCCGCUCUAUUAGCUAUGUAUAAGAAGUCCAGACAAGGAUUUGAGGUCACACCUGGGAAUCGAUUUCGGAUCCUUCCGCCCAGAGGGCCGCACACUAAACGGCUGUGUUAAUCCUUGCUCCUAUUGAAAUCUAUAAUAAGCAAGGUUCUAAAAUCUUAUGUGAAUACGACAUUCGCAUGAUGGCGUCAUUUUGCUACCUAAGGGCCUGUUUACAUGGAGGUGGGGGACCCCAGAUAGGUGAGGUAACAUACCGCGGGUCACCCCACCUAUCAUGUAAACGUGAUCAAAUAUGUGGACAGGCCGGUUACCCACCAAAGCGGGUGACCUCACCUACCUGGGGUUCCCCACCUCCAUGUAAACAGGCCCUAAUACUACUACUACUGCCAGAAUCCUUUAGCGUUUUGCUUUCUUGUGCAAAUUAGGGCUUUUAUUAUUAAAACCUCACUGGGAUUACCAAAAUUAAAUAUGAAAGAAAAACAAAAUAAAUUCUGGUCGUAGCAGUAAAAAAGACGUCAUAGCGCAAAUGGCCUAUUUGUUGAUCAACGCAUAGUUAGCAGAGGAGAUACAAUUUCAAAAAAGUCCUUCGUCCGAUUUAAAAAGUUCGCUCCGCGAGCUAAGAAACUCGUGAGGUCGACAUGUAGCAAGUCUAUAGAGGAGACUGGUUAUGAAAGCCACCAACAUCAAGUUUGAAAACAACGGUAAAAAAAGUUCCCUGACCGUGCACAGUCCUUUGUUUGUUUGUUUUUUUUCACAAAGUGUGGCUGAAUAAAUUAAUGAAUUGUUUCUAUUGGUCAGUAAGAUAAAAAUGAUAGGAAUGCUAUGGAACGUCGUGCACCAUCAAGUCUAAAAAAGCCAGUAAAAACAUAAACAAAGAAGUCUAAGGGGUUUCAUAACCAUAAAUAACUAAGAUCAAUGUCCGUGUUUGCUUUAGGUAUGGUGAUAUGACGCCCUUCAGCUUGAUCGGUCGACUGACUGGAAUCGUCUGUUCGCUGAGCGGUAUCAUGGUCGUUGCGUUACCAGCACCGGUUCUGGAAAAGAACUUCAACCGAAAGAAAGAAGAAGGUAGACCGGAUAAAGAAGAUAAAGAGAAAACUGGCCACUCAAAACACUCCAGCCAUGUUUCUACUUCGAAAUAA